GAACGUAAAAGUGAACGGUCCUUAACGACCACAAAGCGCCCCUUCUAGGAGUGGUAACGCCCAGGAUAACGGAAAACAGCCCCAGCCCCCUCAAGGGCGAGCUCAGGGGCGGGCUUUAAUUUCCAGACCCACUGAUUGGCUAGCUGCAGGCGCUGGCCUCCCAUGAUUGGUCGCUGCCGCGAGGGCCGCCGGUACUAGCACGCUGCGAUUGUUCCAGAAGAAAGAGACAGCGAUGGCGGCAGAACCUUCGAAGGCUGCGUCUGCCCGGUCUUCCUACCAGUGGAUGGGGAGGAAGAGUCAGCCCUGGGGGGCCGCUGAAAUCCCGUGCACCAGGUGUGGAAGGAGGGUGUCCAGAGCAUCCGGUCAUCAUUAUGAACUUCAAUGUGGACAUGCUUUAUGUGAACUGUGCUUGUUAAUAACUGAAGAAUGCACUACAAUUACAUGCCCUGAUUGUGAGGUUGCUACAGCUGUGAAUACUAGACAAGGCUACUACUUAAUGGCUGGAUGUUUUAAAGAAGACCCUGUAAUGGCAAAACUGCGGCCUAAGACAAUAAAGAAUUGUUCUCAGGACUUUAAGAAGACUGCUGAUCAGCUAACUACUGGUUUAGAACAUUCAGCAUCCACACACAGGACUGUUUUGAACUCAUCAGCUGUAAUGUUGGACAUUAACACUGCAGAAGAAAUUGAUGAAGCAUUGAAGACAGCACACCACAACUUUGAACAAUUAAGUAUUGCUGGAAAAAUACUUGAACACAUGCAGAAGCAAACAAGAGAGGAGACAGAAAGUGUUAUAGAAGUUGUGGAGAAACAGUUUGACCAACUUACGGCUCUUUUUGAUUCCAGGAAAAAGAACCUAUGUGAAGAAUUUGCAAGAACGGCUGAUGCUUAUCUAUCAAAUUUAAUAAAGACUAAAAGCUGCAUUGAAGAGAAAAGAAAUAAUUUGAAUGCAGCUAUGAACAUAGCAAGAGCAUUGCAAUUAUCACCUUCUCUAAGAACAUAUUGUGACCUGAAUCAGAUUAUCCGGACUUUGAAAUUAACAUCAGAUUGUGAAUUAGCACAAGUUAGUUCUCUAAAACAAAGGAACCCUCCCAGGUUGAAUGUGAAUUGCAGUGAGAUUAUCUGUAUGUUCAAAAAUAUGGGAAAGAUUGAAUUUGAGGACUCAACAAAAUGUCAUCCCCAAGAAAAUGAAAUUAGUCAGAAUGUUCAGAAGAAAUACAAUAACAAGAAGGGGCUUUCUUGUUAUGAUACAUACCCACCAGUAGAAAAGAAGAAGAUUGACAUGUCUGUCCUAACCAAUGAAGCACCACCACCUCGUUUGCAACCUGAGACAAAUAAUGUACAUUUAGAAGCAAAAAACUUGCAGCCACAGAAAGACAUUGUUGCAACAGCAUCCCCUAAAACCAUUACUCUGUUACCUCAAAUGGGAUCUAGCCCUGAUGUGAUAAUUGAAGAAAUUAUUGAAGACAACAUAGAAACAUGCAGCACAGAUGAUCUUGUGGAGACACAUAGAUAUCCAAAAAAGCCUCUUCAGAAAAUCUCAUCUGUUCUUUUUGGAUCAAAAGCAGGUUCUGCAGAGCUAGUUUUUGUAAGCCAUGUAAUAGAUCCUUGCCAUUUCUACAUUCGGAAGUAUUCACAAAUAAAAGACGCAAAAGUACUGGAGAAGAAGGUGAAUGAAUUUUGCAACAGGAGUUCACACCUUGAUCCUUCCGACAUUUUGGAACUAGGUGCAAGAAUAUUUGUCAACAGUAUUAAAAAUGGAGUGUGGUGUCGAGGAACUAUCACAGAAUUAAUUCCAAUAGAGAAUAAAAAUAUUAGAAAACCUUGUAGUCCAACCAAAUUCUUUGUCCAUGAAGUUGCACUAAUACAAAUAUUCAUGGUAGAUUUUGGAAAUUCUGAAGUCCUGAUUGUCACAGGAGUUGUUAAUACCCAUUUGAUACCGGAACAUUCUGCUGACCAACAUACUGCGGUAAAUGAUUUAUGUCUGUUUCUAAGGAAAUCUGAACCAUAUAUUGAAGGGCUGCUAAAAGACAUCCAGCCAUUAGCACAACCAUGCUCAUUGAAAGACAUUGUUCCACAGAAUUCAAAUGAAGGCUGGGAACAGGAGGCUAAAGUGGAAUUUUUGAAAAUGGUAAAUAACAAGUCUGUUUUAAUGAAAGUUUUUAGAGAAGAAGAUGGUGUGCUUAUUGUAGAUCUGCAGAAACCACCAACAAAUAAAAUAAGCAGUGAUAUGCCUGUGUCUCUUAGAGAUGCACUAGUUUUUAUGGAACUAGCAAAGUUUAAGUCACAAUCACUAAGAAGUCAUUUUGAAAAAGAUACUACUUUACACUAUCAUCCACCUAUUUUGCCUAAAGAAAUGACAGAUGUUUCAGUAACGGUUUGUUAUAUAAAUAGUCCUGGAGAUUUCUAUCUUCAUUUGCUAGAGGCUGUGGAUUUUUUACCUCUAUUGAAGACAAUCGAGGAUUUCUAUAAAAAUGAAGAUGGAGAAAAUCUGGAAAUCCUCUGUCCAGUUCAAGAUCAAGCCUGUGUAGCUAAAUUUGAAGAUGGAAUUUGGUACCGAGCAAAAGUUAUCGGAUUGCCUGGACAUCGGGAAGUUGAAGUUAAAUAUGUGGACUUCGGUAAUACUGCAAAAAUAACAAUUAAAGACAUCCGUAAAAUAAAAGAUGAGUUUCUGAAUCCCCCAGAAAAGGCAAUUAAAUGUAAGCUGGCCUAUAUUGAACCAUAUAAAAGGGCAAUGCAGUGGUCCAAAGAAGCUAAAGAAAAAUUUGAACAAAAGGCUCAAGAUAAAUUUAUGAUAUGUUCAGUUAUCAAAAUUCUGGAAGAUAAUGUGCUCUUAGUUGAGCUUUUUGAGUCUCCUGGUCCUCCUGAAAUUACUAGUAUUAAUGACCAGCUAGUCAAAGAGGGCCUGGCAUCUUAUGAAAUAGGAUAUAUCCUCAAAGAUAAUUCUCAAAAGCAUAUUGAAAUUUGGGAUCCUUCUCCAGAAGAAAUUAUUUCAAAUGAAGUAAACAAGUUAAAUCCUGUGUCUGCAAAAUCUCUACCUAAUGAGAAUUUCCAGUCACUUUAUAAUAAGGAAUUGCCUGUGCAUAUUUGUAAUGUAGUAUCUCCUGAGAAGAUUUAUGUUCAGUGGUUGUUAACUGAAAACUUACUUAAUAGUUUAGAAGAAAAGAUGAUAUCUGCUUAUGAAAACUCAAAAUGGGAACCUGUUAAAUGGGAAAAUGAUAUGCACUGUGCUGUUAAGAUCCAAGAUAAAAAUCAGUGGCGAAGAGGUCAGAUCAUCAGAAUGGUUACAGACACAUUGGUAGAGGUUUUGCUGUAUGACGUGGGUGUUGAACUAGUAGUGAAUGUUGACUGUUUAAGAAAACUUCAAGAAAAUCUAAAGACAAUGGGAAGACUCUCUUUGGAAUGUUCUCUGGUUGACAUAAGACCAGCUGGUGGGAGUGACAAGUGGACAGCAACAGCUUGUGACUGUCUUUCAUUGUACCUGACUGGAGCUGUAGCAACUAUAAUCUUACAGGAGAACAACACAACUUGGCCAUUACCUGUGAAAAUUUUCUGCAGAGAUGAAAAAGGAGAGCGUGUUGAUGUUUCUAAAUAUUUGAUUAAAAAGGGUUUGGCUUUGAGAGAAAGGAGAAUUAACAAAUUAGAUAACAGCCAUUCAUUAUCUGAGAAGUCUCUGAAAGUCCCCCUGGAACAAGAAGAUUCAGUAGAUAUUAACUGUAUUAAAACUAACUUUGACCCUGACAAAAAAGCUGCUGACAUAAUCAGUGAACACCAAGUGUCUGAACUUCAGGAGAAAAUUCUAGAACCAAGAACCACUAGAUGCUAUAAACCACCAACUAUUCCUAACAUGAAAGUAUUUGAGGCAACAGUCAGCUGUGUUGCUGAUGAUGGAACUAUAUUUGUAUUACCUAAACCAUCAGAAUUUGAGUUAAUAAAAAUGACAAAUGAAAUUCAAAGUAAUUUAAAAUGCCUUGGUCUUUUGGAGCCUUAUUUCUGGAAAAAAGGAGAAGCAUGUGCAGUAAGAGGAUCUGAUACUCUGUGGUAUCGAGGAAAGGUGAUGGAGGUUGUAGGUGGCACGGUCAGAGUACAAUAUUUAGAUCAUGGAUUCACUGAAAAGAUUCCACAGUGCCAUCUUUACCCUAUUUUGCUGUAUCCUGAUAUACCCCAGUUUUGUAUUCCCUGUCAGCUCCAUAAUACCACACCUGUUGGGAAUGUCUGGCAACCAGAUGCAAUAGAAGUCCUUCAACAACUGCUUUCAAAGAGAGAGGUGGAAAUUCACAUUAUGGAAUUACCUAGAAAUCCAUGGGAGAAAUUGUCUAUUCAUCUCUAUUUUGAUGGAAUGUCACUUUCUUAUUUUAUGGCAUAUUAUAAAUAUUGUACUUCUGAACAUACUGAGGAGAUGGUGAAAGAAAAACCAAGAUCAGAUUAUGAUAAAAAGUAUGAAGAGGAACAAUGGGAAAUAAGGUUUGAAGAAUUGCUUUUGUCUGAAACAGAGACUCCUCUUUUACCACCGUAUUUGUCUUCAUCUCUGCCUCCCCCAGGAGAACUCUGUGCUGUUCAAGUUAAGCACGUUGUCUCACCUAAUGAAGUGUAUAUUUGCCUUGAUUCAGUAGAAACUUGUAAUCAAUCUAACCAGCAUAGUGACACAGAUGAUAGUGGAGUCAGCGGGGAAUCAGAAUCCGAAAGCCUUGAUGAAGCACUGCAGAGGGUUAAUACGAAAGUAGAGACGCUUCCUCCUCUGACAGAUUUUAGAACAGAAAUGCCUUGUCUUGCAGAAUAUGAUGAUGGCUUAUGGUAUAGAGCGAAGAUUGUUUCCAUAAAAGAAUUUAAUCCUUUAUCUAUCCUGGCACAAUUUGUUGAUUAUGGAUCAACUGCAAAGCUGACAUUAAACAGACUGUGCCAAAUUCCUUCUCAUCUUAUGCGGUAUCCAGCUCGAGCCAUAAAGGUUUUCUUGGCAGGGUUUAAACCUCCCUUAAGGGAUCUAAGGGAGACAAGAAUACCAUAUUGUCCCAAAUGGAGCAUGGAGGCACUAUGGGCUAUGAUAGACUGUCUUCAAGGAAAACAGCUUUAUGCUGCAUCCAUGGCGCCAGCACCAGAACAAAUAGUGACGUUAUAUGACGAUGAGCAGCAUCCAGUUCAUAUGCCAUUAGUAGAAAUGGGGCUUGCAGAUAAAGAUGAACAAGUGCAUAAGUGUAAGUUUUCAUUCUCUUCAUAGCAUAAGGCAUGGGGACUAGUGGCGAUUAAUGCUAGAUUGAUCAGAAAAGUACCCAAUUUUCCUUGAUGUCUCAAAGAAAUGACAUCAACACUCCAAAAGAAUCUCUUUCAGAUUUCUUCAUAGGCCCUUCUCACUUAUUGAGCACUAGGUAUCAUAGAGGUCCCCUAUCUGUAAGGAUGCUUGGAUGGGCUGUCAUGACUCUCACAGUACCAGGUACAUGGGGAGAGCAGGAGAGUGGGCACUGUAAAUAAUUUAAGCACAUAAAUAUCUGCUAAGCACACAGAACUUCUGAACAGUCAGCAUCCUCAUACCAAGUUAUUAAAGUACAUGCUAACCAGCUAACUUUUUAUCUUGUCCAUAAGAAGUGAUUCAGCUAGACUUGAACAUUUACAUUAAGCAGAUAUUUAAAAUAACACAUUUUGUUUUUCAGGUAUACAGUGAAGAUAAUCUGUAGAAGCCUAGAAGAAAGUUUUCUGUUAUAUUUAGACCCGAAAUGGUUUGCCUAAUUUGUUCUGCAGUAGUGCUUUAACUCUUCUCAUUUUUACAUAUAGGAAUUGUGUGGGUAAAAAAAGUUAAUAAAUGUUUGCUUCCCAACA